AUGAAAGAUCUUGGCCUUUUACACUUCUUUUUAGGAAUUGAGGUUAAGUAUUUUGAAGGAGGAAUUCACUUAAGUCAAAGCAAGUAUGUUGCUGAGCUAUUAGCCAAGACAGAGAUGACUUUGGCAAAGGCUGUAGCCACUCAUUUGGCUCAAAAGCAUGGUUUGCAUGAAGUUGUGGGAAGUCUUGUAGAUGCCUCCUUGUACAGAAUGAUAGUAAGGAGUCUUCAGUAUUUGACCCUCACAAAACCUGAUAUUACUCAUGCUGUGAAUUUAGCAAGCCAGUUUAUGCAAAGCCUAAACAUUGAAUAUCUUCAAGGGGUAAAAUGGAUUCUCAGGUUUUUUCGCAGCAAACUAGGAGUUACAAUUCCUCCACUCACUAGCUUGAGGGGAAGUGUUGAAGGAAGCCUGAAGCCUGAUGGAACAUAUCAAAGGAACAGAUCUAUUGAAGUUGGUUGUUGA